GUUCAGACGUGGCGCCGGGUCUGAACUGUCUUUAUACCUCAGAGGUCUGAACACCAAGUUCCAGGAUAUCAUCAUCUACACUACAGACAGACCCUAAUUUCAACCCAAUUUAUCCUGGUUCGUAACAUUUUUUUCCCCCCAGCCAGGCCUAUAGUUGUUUCCAGCUAUCAAGAUAAGUCAGCUAUCCAGAAGUCUGAGAAAACGAUGUGGCGGAAGGCUGCGGGAGCUGCCCUGUUGGCCUUGGCCGUUGGAUACUUCUACCACACCAACCCUGAGCUGCCUGAACAAGUUCUCCAGUACUUGUCCCUGCCUCAUCCAUCCACUCAGGGCGACCCAACCUUGGAGCAGGUUAUCUCCACUGCCUGGGAGACCCUAAUAACGGCCCCCGCCAGCCAGUGGGGCAGAGUGGCAGUAGGGGUGAAUGCAUGUGUGGAUGUUGUGGUGUCGGGGAUAGGGCUGCUACAGGCUUUGGCUGUGGAUCCUGGGUUGGGCCGUGACCAUGAAGUGUUACACUCUAAAGAGGACCUGAAAGAGGCUUUCAUCCACUACAUGGAGAGGGGGUCCGCGGCGGAGCGUUUCUUCACCGACAAAGAGGUCUUCCAGAGGAUUGCACGGGCCGCUGCAGAGUACCCUGGUGCUCAGCUAUAUGUUGGAGGAAAUGCUGCUCUCAUUGGACAGAAACUUGCCACAUACCCUCAGCUGAUGGUUCUGCUAUGUGGGCCUGUUGGGCCUAAACUACAUGAGAUGCUGGACGAGCAAAUCGUUGUACCCCCCGAGUCCUUGCAGGAGACUGAUGAAUAUCACCUAAUUCUGGAGUACAAAGCAGGGGAGCAGUGGGGUGCGACACGGGCUCCCCAAGCCAACCGCUUCAUCUUCUCCCAUGACGUGUCCAAUGGGGAGAUGAGAGCACUGGAGAUGUUCGUGGCCAGCCUGGAUGAGUUCCAGCCAGACCUGGUGGUCCUGUCCGGUCUGCACAUGAUGGAGGGCCAGGGGAGGCAGAUGUGGGAGCAAAGGCUCAAAGAGGCAGUGGCGGCCAUUUCUGACGUCCGCAAUGCGGUCCCCGUCCACCUGGAGCUAGCAAGCAUGACUGACAAAGACUACAUGAACAGCAUCAUGCAAGAGCAGGUCAUGCCCAUAGUGACAUCCAUCGGGCUGAAUGAGCAGGAGCUACUUUUCCUCUCCCAGGCCGGCACAGGGCCUCACGCUGAGCUGGCCUCCUGGGGGGGCAUACCCGAUGUAGGUCGCGUCAGUGACAUCCUCCUGUGGGUCCUUGAGCAGCAUGGACGCAGUGACCCAGAGUCGGAGGCUGACCUCACGCGUAUCCACUUUCACACUCUGGCGUACCAUGUCCUUGCCACUGUGGACGGGCACUGGGCCAACCAGGUGGCCGCCGUGGCAGCAGGGGCCCGUGUGGCCAGCAUCCAGGCCUGCGGCCUCCAAAGCAUAGAUGCCAGUAAGGUGGUCCUUAGAGCUCCGCUGGAGUUCCACAGCUCCCACGGCGAACCUAGAGAGAAGUUGUCCCUGAACCCAACUGAGCCUGUCACUGUUUGGCACCGUGGCAACGUGACCUUUCACCUUGCACCCGUGCUGGUCUGCAAGCAGCCACUCCGGACAGUAGGGCUUGGGGACGCCAUCUCAGCAGAGGGGCUCGUAUACUCUGAGAUCAGGCCACAGCUACCAUUUUUGUGAGGUCCUUUUUUGUUGCACUCUUGUUCUUUUAUUGUAUGGUGGUGUGCACCAUAUCUCCCCAACCAACCAGUGAUGUCUUUACCUGUACUGUAGCUUUUUCUUGGGUUGAAAUUCUGAUCCUUGGUUAGCUAAGUAUUUUGCACUGGGCACAGUUUAAGCCAUUUCUGUAACUCCAAGGAGUUGUGCUGGGUUACCUCUGAUUUCAUUUGCCUUGUGAAAAUUCUAUGUAAAUGUUUGUGUACAAAGACAAUGCCAAAGCUGCUUGUCAGUUUGGUUUGGAGGGGGGAAAUAGAAAAACAUUCAGCGAUAUGGGCUCCAUAAGUAGCGGUGCGAUUUCAGACAGGGUUUGAGCUUUCAUGCUGCACAAUAGAGGAGCAACCUCCUGUGCACAUAUGCAGAUGCUGAACAGUGCCAAUGAGUUCAGCCUCUUUUGGAAGUUUAUUUUCACAUCCUCCUCGCUGAGUCUUAGUUCAAUUUCCUUCAAUAAUCUUUUCUUGUUGACCUUGUUCAGAACAAGCUCCCUCAUCCAAGCACUAUAGUUGGGGAAAAUGGGGUAAGUAGAGCCAAAUGGUUAGUUGAGCCACCCCUUGUUUCUAGGAAACUAUACAUUUUGUGUAUCAUGUGACCAAAUAUUUAGGAAGAGGUCAUAAUUUCAUGAAGUCUGGGAAGGAAGAAACCACAUGGAAAAAGUGGUCCAAAGGGUAAAAAAAAAAAGAUUUUCACUGUCAAAUUCAUUUCUGUUAUAGGUUUCAUGUUUGUAUCUAAACCAAAGUAGAUUGUUUUAUAUAUCAGUUGCCGUUUCUAUAAGCUGCAAUAUGAGGUCCUAAACCUAGCAUUAAAUUGCAUCCUUGUAGCUACAGUAUAUGGGCUAAUAUAGUCAAUGUUUGCCUCGAGGUAAAUUGAACCAAUCACUACCAUACCCCAUACAAAUUAUGAUUAUUUGGUUAGUUUUAUGCACAAUAUGCAUAGUAUUUUAGCAAUGUGUCAUGCAUAUGAACUCGAGUAGUGUAUUUUUAUUGUUACAGCGCAGACAUCAUGCCACGUGUGUACAAAUGUAAAACAAGCAGGGGGUCUAGCCCCCCUUUAGCUUCUUGAGAGCAGCCAAGGAAGGGAAGAAGUCCAUUCAAGCAGCAGCAGCAAUGGAUGCAAAAAUGUACUGAAUGACACUGAAGAGGUACUAUAAUGUUUAACCGCAAGUAAAAUACAUGUUGGAUACAUUUUUUAAAAAGACAGUCCUGAUGGAAAACCACAUUUCUUAGUAAACUUUCCAAAUGUCGACAAAACAAAAUAUGCCAGACAAGGGUGGGAUCUUUUUGUGUCUAUAAAAUGUGUUAUGUGAGAAAUGGUGGUGGAAAAGCUUUUAUGCAUAAAUAUUGAUUUAACUAUAUCAAUAACCACCAGGCAUUAUACACAAGGCUCAUUCCUCUGCACAGGUGUUGCUGCUACCUGGCAGAUCUGGAUAGGUAUUUUAUAUAUCAGCUAUGGAGUCUGACUUGCUAAACAUAUCAAGAAUCUUGCGGACCAGUUUUAUGGGCUUAGUAGCCUCAAAUACAGAGAACAUGCCUAUGGCACAUCAAAACUACUUCCGUGUCCCAGACAACUGCUUAAGAAAUUGAAUAGUAAGUGGUAUUGAACAGAGAGCUCUAUAUCAAUGUAGGCAUACAUUUAACAUAUACAAUAUACCACACUCCCAUCCAUGAAUUAAACAUUGCCCUACCAGCAUCAUCACCCACUUAGGGUAAAUUGUGCCUAGAGACCACUUUUUGUGGACAAGUAUGUUUUCAAAACGUAUACUAUAUUUUCCUUGACAUAGUGAUGCUGAAUGUAAAAAAAGUAGUAGAAUCUCACAACUACAUCCCCUCAUUACAAUCAAUAUAACACCUGUGCAAACUGGGGCAGGAGCUAGCAGUUAACCACCCAGACAGUUUUCUGUGGGGAUUUUGGGCAUACAAUGAAUACAUUUAAUCCAUCAAUGAAAACAGUGAUGAAGCAAAAACAAAUGUUAUUUUGGGUUGGCGCGAUAACUUAUUACUUAAAUUAAGGGGUAAUAGUUUAGGGCUUCAUUCAGGCUUAAAGUGUCCCCUUUUGUAAUGGAGCCAUUUCCAUGUCAUGCAGAUGAUAGGACCUGUUCAAUACCCACAAAGUGCAGUAGGAAGGGUUGUGACUGACAUGUCCUAUGACACACCCAGCAGACAAGGCUGGUAUGGAAGAUUGCUCACCCAGACUGGGUUUCCCAAACUCGGUGCACGUUUUGGUUUUUGCUCCGUCACGACACACCUGUUUCAAAUAAUCAACUAAUCAUCAAGCUUUGAUCAUUUGAAUCAGCUGUGUAGUGUUAUGAAAAAAACUAAAAUGUGCACCCCUUGGGGUCCCGAAAACCGAGGUUGGGAAACGCUGCAGUAGUAACUCUUUAGCACAUCUGAUGAGACUGCUAUCUAAUUUUAGUACUUGGUUGCUGUCCUCUGGCUAGCUGUUUGCCCUGUCGCUCUCUGUUUGAAUACUUUGAAUGCCAGUAGCACACAAAAGCUGUACUCCUACAGCUGUCAUGACAUCCACCUAAGCCAGAAAUAAUAUUUGGAUCUCUUGUCCGCAAUGGCAGACGUACACAAGCAUUCCAAGCCUAUCUGUAUCCUUGACUCACAACUGGGUCAAGCAGACUAUGAGGGGUGAAGUGUGCCAAUGAAAUACUUCAUAUUAUUGUGAAUUGUCACUUUUUGUUCAGCUAUUUUGAUCAACUUUACAAGUAAACAUGUAAAUUAUACCUGUUACACUGCAACUAAUGAAGCCCCUUGUUAAAACUCCUACAAAGACGGAUUGUUACUGACAGGGUGCUAUUGGACAUUGCACACAGUAAACUGUGAUGAAAGUCUGCAGACCCAGUAUGACGAGAGUAUGAUCUAGUACUUUGCUGUUGUCCUCUGGCUAGCUGCUUGCUCUAGCUUCUGUCAGUCUGACUGAAUGAUACAAUGAAUAAUGCAAAGAUGUACUUCUACGGCUGUGUAGUCUACUCUGCUGCUGUUAGUACUUUCCGGCUGCGAGGUGGAUGUCCUAUGUUAAUCUCCAGUCCACAAUGGCGGACGUACACAAGCAUUCCAAGCCCAUCCUUGACUCACAACUGCAUCAAGUGCAGAUUGUGUGGUGUCCAGCCACUAUGUAAAGUCAAGCAAUAGAAUAAAACAUAAUAUUAAUAUUCAGAGUUGCUGCUUUCCCCCCCAGCUAAUUUGUAAAGAUUUAGGGUUGUCUUGUUUAUCCUAUGUAGGACAUGCCACAUGGGCAAUUCAACAUGUUAAUAAUUCCUGGUAACUGAUGUAGCCCAUCAUUUCUACGUCUUGGUAUACGCCAUGUUUAUUGGUUUCACAUCAAUUGUGAACUUGAGUAAUUAAGUAGAGGAAAGAUCCAUUUUAAAACUAUUUGAAAGCACCAUCCAUGCUCAAACAUCACUUACCGUACUGCUAUAAAGAACUGGAAAGAUUUUUGUUGUUGUUUUGAUGCCCAAGGUACAUUUUUGCUUUGUUGCUGCGAAACUGAGAAUUGGGAUGGUACAAAACAGAGCAAUCAUAAACUAUGCAGAACUUAUUUGUCUCGAAUCUCAUUGCUUUCUUAGCCUGGUGGAACCAGACAAAGCUUAUGAUAGCUCACAUUGUUUCACUUAAAUUAAACUUGAGCAUAGCGGUCAGUCUGCUUCAUAUAGAUCCUAUUAAAUUACUAGAGAGCCUAUGUCAUGAACCGUCAAAAGUUCCAUAAUGGUAUGAUAAUGGCAGCCAUUUUGGUCAGGGAGAAAUCCAAACCACUCUAGUUGUGGGAAAUGGGUUCAUGUUAAUUGAACGCAGACGUUCCAUUGACCAGAAUGGCGCACAAUCAACAAAUCUGAUCUAACAAUUUGGAGAUUCUUCAAAUCCGUCAUGAUUUAUGUAUUGUAACAGGCCCACAAUGUGCUUACUUGAGUCCGAUUUUGAUACAUUUGGCUGUUUUUGCUGCAUGUAGAGGCUGUCCCUUUUCAGGUUUAGAAAUGACUGCUAAAUGCGAACUCCCGUUCGUAUAAACUGGUUAGCAUAGAGAAAUCAUUGUUGGUAGUGGGUCGUUUUUAACUGUAAUGCAGUUGAUCGGUAACGAUGACAUGAACAUGUGUUGGGGUUGGCAUCCAUACAAGCAUUAUAUUCUGAUGUUUACCUCAACAUAGUGUGAAAUACACAUAAACAAUUGCCUAAAUGUAGACUAAUGUUGCUGGGGGUCAAUGAGGAGACUUUGUUUCCCCCCCACGCGUUUCCAUGGCAAUUCCAUUGUUUUGGUCGAGUACGUUUGACCUUUAUACCGCAUAUAUUUCGAAUGAAUAGCAGAAGAGGCAUAGGUGAUGCGUUUCCUGCUUGUACCUAUGCAGGAACAUAAAAGGCAUGCGAUAUCAGAAAUUGUGUAAUAGAAUUGUCAACCUAAAAUACUGUCAUAAUUAUAAAUACAGUUUAUACAGGUUUUAUUCCAAUGUUCUGUAUAAAUAACCUCUAAAAUAUGUAAACUGACCAUAAAUGUCCACAUUAUUGUUUUCUUGGAAAGCUGUGAGUGUUAUUAUAUGAGUACUUCAUAUCAUCAACUGAUUUCAGACAGUGUAUGGCUGUGGAUUGACUACAUUGUUUGUUUGGAAUGUUAAUUAGAAAACAUUUAUAGAAUCAUUCCACUAAAACUGGUUGGCUAGCUAACAAACAUACAGUGCAGAGAAUCUUCAAAUUCAUUGUUUUACACAAUAGCGUAUCCAGUGGUGGCUGGUGGCACUUUAAAUGGGGAGGACCUGCUCAUAGUAAUGGCUUGAAUGGAAUGGUAUCAAUCACCAACCAUCCUCCCCUCAACAGCUUCCCCUGCUCUUAUCACAGCACUGGCUGACCAUGGUUGACCAACUCCCUUACCAAAAUGGCUGAUCUUUUAUACUGUCAUGAGAAGGUUCAUGUCCAUUCUAGUAUUCUAAUUCCUAAUUCUAUCGUCUGCUUGACCAAGCUACUGCUUUAUUGUAUGAUCAUGGGAAUGUGCCAGUCUUCUUUGACAGCUUUGUGUUGAAAUAGUGACUGUAAAUAUGCAUUUAGUAAGAAAUUGAUUAUUCCUUUUCAUUGCAGUGAAAAUGUUAGGUACAAUGGUUUGGUAAUACAGUUUGAGAGUUGCUAGGGUUUUCAGGGCAUUCUUCUGAGGCUGGUGAGACAUAUGCCUACUUCCUUCGCUGAUUUCAUCUGUUGUUUUUGUUCGAUAAAUUCACAUCCUACCGUUUGAUUGACACUCAUCAUUGAGGAUGUUGCCCCUUGGAUGGAGCUAUGAUCAAAUUUGGGUGUAGCUGCCAUCAACCACACCUUUUAUAUGCAUAAGUAGGUUUCACAAAUUUUUGUCGGCAAUAUGACAUCAUACAUAUUGUGGUUACUUCCUGCUUACAGAUACUACCACCAACAACAAUAUUCAAGGUGCAGUGGCUAGCUGUAGAUGCGAGCAUAGGUUAUUUACUACUAAUUUUCCAAAGAUAAUUUAGUAUUUACCAGGUAUCAUUAAAGAAGCAUUCUGCCUUGUUCGUGUCUAGUUUAGUCAUUUGUAGCUCUACUGAGUUUUCAGCACUUUAAAAUGAGACUAUUUGAUGUAAUUUCAUAUUAACACCCAUGUCUUACUGUCAAGGAUAGCAACAGUUAUGCUAGCUCAUUAGGCGGAAACACUGCAACUUAACAACUAGACCUCCUUUUGAAGUUUACUUCAACUGGUACCGGGCUACCUUCAAACAAGUUUUGUAAGUGUCCUAGAGCAAAACAAUCAACACGUUUGUGAGAGUCUCACCUUUCCAUAGAGUGGUUAUAUUAGUUUGUAGGUCAAACCGUUCGGACACUACAGAUGUUUGUGAGAACCGAUUUUUGGUAUGUUUCAUGGUCUGACAAAGGCUGCUGUAGCUCGGCCACCUUCCCCCGCAGAUGUGGAAGGCUGUCAUUGGCGUAUGCGGUGGAUUGAGACGCAGCCCAUGCAACAACAACAAAAACAUCUCUAGUUUAAAACAAGGAUUUUGAUGGGUGUGUUUUUAUUAUGUUGAUUAGAUUUCCGCGGGGGCGCGGACAUCGACUCUAUUGGGUUAAAAUGUUUAUGGAAAUAUAUAUGGAAGUAGUUUAGUGCCAAAAAAAGGGGUUAAAUAUGGGAAUAAAAAAUAUAUAAUUUCAGAUAUAGGACAGACACUUUAAAACAAACUUCCUUUUGAGUCUGAAUCUGUUAUUCAAUGCGUUGCUAUGGGCAGUAAGUAAGCAGUAAGUUUCCCCCAAAAAAUAAAUUUGCUUUAAUAUAUUUGUACCUAAAUGGGUCCUAAAAUUCUAUAUCAGAUAACUAAAUGAUCCUUGGUAUGACCAUCUUAAAACACCCACCCCCCCACCAGCCCUAUAAUUUGUAAAUAUUUCACAAAUAAAUCAGACACCAUUCUCUUAAAAUAUAGUAUUGGUUUGAAGAUCAAAUACAGCUUCAGUUGACUGAGCCCUUGAUAAUGGGGCAGUUAUACACAAAAUACUCCAUAUGUACAUACAUUGUUUGUCGAUUAGCAGAGUAUGGAAAUCCAUUUUUUCCAGUACAAGUAGCUGUGUAAUAUGUGGGGAAAUAAUCUGUGAAUUUUAGAGAUCAAAUGUUUUUUUUGUGUGUCAGUGAUAUGCUUAGAAUUUUAGUGAGAAAAUCAGGAAUUUGUCUUAAACUUUGUCUACAACCGUACGGUUGACUCCAUAAUGUUAAUCAUGGGCACAAUCUGUUGUAUGGAAAUAUACUGUACUCUCACCACAAUCAUGUGGACCUUGAACAUAUAAGUACAAUAAUUAUUUAUUCAAAAUCUAUUCUAAAAUAUAAAAUAAUUAUUACUCAAGAAUUGUUCAGACUUUUGUGAAUUAGUGUCCAUUAUGCAGGGUCUUAUGGGAUUCCCUUUUCUUUUGUCAUCUGAUGUUAAGACUGGAACUCAACUGACAUCUUAAGUUUGGAAAUGUUUUUAUAUUAAUAAAGUCUCCUAUUUUCAUGUCAA